CAGGCAGCAUCUCUUCAAGUGGCAGGAAGCAGCUCAGCGAUGGCAGCGACCUUGUAAAGAGCGUGGUGUUCGUAAAAACUUAUCUAGUUAGCCGGCUAAAAUGCUCUUAUAUGAGCCAGUCAAAGUGACAGUUUGGUGUUUAUAGUGGCUAUUUGAACGUUAGCAUCAUGUUUUCCCUCAUGAAGGCAGCAGUCGGAGGAUUGACCGGAGUGUGUCGAGUCCACGGUCACCAACACGGUACUUUGCACAGCCAUUUGAAAGUCCUUGUUGCAGGCCUGAAGACAAUUGAAAUCCCUCCAGACUACAGUGAUGUGGUGCUGCCAGCAAGACCCAAACUGAAGUUUUUGAACAAGGUGCCUAACUUAAAGAAGGCCAAGAAAGAAGCGAAGAAACUGUCGGAUAUUCGAGGCCCAACUACGGGAGCAGAUACCUUCAUUAAAGGACAAUAUGCUAUUGUGGCCAUGGGAGGGGGCUACCUCCAUUGGGGUCACAUAGAGAUGAUCCGUCUAACAAUCAACCGCAAGAUGGAUGCCCGGACAACAUUUGCUCAGUGGCGCAUCAACAGCCCAUAUAAGCCCAUCACACGUAAAGGUCUUGGUCAGCGCAUGGGUGGUGGCAAAGGAGCCAUCGACCAAUAUGUUACACCAGUUCGUUGCGGGCGUUUAAUUGUGGAGGUCGGAGGAAAGGUGGAGCUGGGGGAGGUUCAGCAUAUCUUGACUGAAGUGGCAAAGAAGUUGCCCUUCCCCGCCAAGGUAAUGACCAGAGAGAGUCUAGCAGACCUGCAAGAGAAGCAGGCUGAUAUGAAGCAGAACAACCAGAACCCCUGGACAUUCAAGCAGAUAGUGCAGGGCAACAUGCUGGGUAUCAGGAGGGUGCUCAGCCCCUUCGACCUGAAGAACCAUGGACGAUUCUCAGGCAAAUUUCACUACCCAUGGAGGGUGUGACAAGCCUGAGGGACAGAAUACAGUAUUAUACUGUAGACCACAUUCAGACCACACCAUCGAAGAGACAACCAGAAUUUUGAAAUGCUCCAACUUUCACUCAUAUCUGGAAAUCUUUUUUGUUUUUCAUGCAACCAUAUUGAUAGGCUCCAGCCCCCCGCGACCCCAGUGAGGAUUAGGCGGUGUAUAGAUAAUGGAUGGAUGGAUGCAACCAUAUUUUGACAGUUUAUUAAAGCGGUGUGUUUGUUCUGUUUCUGCUUAUAAAACCAAUAAAUUCGAUUAUGUGUUUCAGUUUCA